AUGCAGGCAUCAGUAGCAGUUGUUGUAGCUUUUCUAUGUGUUAAUGUGAUGGCAGCGCCUCAAAUGUCUGACAUUCAGUUAGAAAGAACUUUGGCUGAUCGGGGAACUAUGCAACGUCAUAUAAAAUGCGCGCUUAGUGAAGGGCCGUGCGAUCCUGUUGGUAUCAGACUUAGAACGUUGGCCCCUCUAGUGUUGCGAGGGUCAUGUCCUCAGUGCUCCGCGCAAGAAACCCGUCAGAUUCGUCGCACACUCGCCUUCGUGCAAAGAAACUACCCGUGGGAGUGGGCUAAAAUUGUUCGCCAAUAUGGU